GCGGAGGCGGAAGGAACUGACAGUGCAGUGCAUUACGACGUCGUUCGCCAACUGCUGCGGCCUACGUGCUAUCUCGCCAUGGAAGUAAGUUCUAGCGCUAGUGAGACGGCUACCAGUGACGACGAGUUACGCCGGGGCGGCGAGGUUAAUCGGCGACCGAUCGUCAGCGAUGAGCAUCUCGACGUCGAGGCGUAUGCCGCUCUGUACACCGGGCGCACCAAAAUCAUUCGCCUCAAGUACAUUGCGGAUAAAUGCGGUGUCCCUUCGAUGGAGCUGGAGGCUCUUCGGAUCGCGUAUGACGAGGCUAAGAAGGGAGGAGACUCGGGGCUUUUCAAUGAAAUUGUUCGAAAGAUUGACGGCCGCCUAGGCGAAGCGUAUGGGCCGGACGAUGAAUGGGUCAGUGGUGUGGAGAAACGAGUGACGUCAAGGAGGGAGAAGCUCGAAACAGACAUCUCUGCUUCCGUGGAAGAUAACAUAAAAGAGAGUGUUCGCGUGGCAUAUGAGGAUCUUGGAUAUUUUUCCUAUGAGCAUGGUUUUCUUGGAGAGGCAUUUAGGAGUUACGCCCGAUCGGUUGAAUACUGCAGCACACCCGAACAAGUUGUUCAUGCGUGCAUGAAUGUAAUUCGGGUCAGCUUGGAAAUGAACCAACAUGGAACUGUUGGGAAAUAUGUUAACAAGGCUGAGGAAACCAAAGGUGGACUGGAUUCUCUUGCAGUAGCAAAAUUACGUUGUGUUGCUGGAUUGGUUUUUCUUGGCACCAAAGACUAUAAACAUGCUGCCCGGAAGUUCCUAGAAACUGGGUUUGAGCUAGGGAACAACUACUCUGAAGUAAUUGCAUCCCAAGAUGUUGCAACAUAUGGUGGUCUAUGUGCACUUGCAAGCUUUGACCGUGCAGAACUGAAGAGAAGAGUCAUCGACAACGUUAACUUCAGGAAUUUCUUGGAGUUGGUUCCAGAAGUAAGGGAGCUCAUCAAUGAUUUCUAUACUAGCCGCUAUGCUUCUUUUCUCGAGUAUCUUGAGACUCUAAGGGCAAAGAUGGUAGUUGAUAUCUAUUUACAAAGGCAUAUGGAGGGUCUAUAUGACAAAAUACGAAACAAGGCUCUCAUCCAAUAUACUCUCCCAUUUGUUUCUAUGGACAUCCGCAUGAUGGCAAAUGCCUUCAAACUAUCCGUUACAGAGAUGGAGAAAGAGCUUGAAGGAUUGAUCACGAAGAACAUAAUUCAGGCUAAAAUUGACUCCCAUAACAAAAUUCUUUAUGGGCGGCAUGCUGAUCAGAGGAAAGGCACAUUUCAGCGAGUCCUCCGAGUUGCUAAUAAAUUUGAUCAGGAUGUUAGAGCAAUGCUUCUACGAGCAAGCAUCAUCAUGCAUGAUUGCAACCAUGAUGACGCCUAUUAUCCAUCUUAAAGGCAUCUCUGAUUCUAAGGGCAAUACUGAUGCAGGUUUGAAAUAUCAUUUUUUUACAAAAUUACAUAUAAUGGAAACAAAAGCACCAAAAUAUGUUGAGACUUCUAAAGCCAAUAGGAUCAUAAACCAUGGAAUCAUGCAAUUCUCCCUAGGUUUUCCAAAUAUAUCUUUUGCUUGCAGCCCUUUAGUAUCAACAUUAACGUUGGUCAGUUGGUGCCAUUAUCAAUGAAAAUCUUUUGGUUUUAUAUGGUUUCAGCUUUCUGUGUAAAAAAAUUAUAAUAUUUAUUCAUGUGUAAUUUGUGCAUACACCCCCGCAUACAUAAUGUUUUUCGAAACUCGAAUGGCUGCCCUCAUCGGUAGUCACUGAGCUUAUCUAAAAUUCAUUAGAACUUUAUGUAGAUCCUGCUUGUGCAAACCCUUUUUAGCAGUUCGUAGGCGCCUUAUAUGAUAUAUACUUUGUAGCUUCAGGAGUGCCUAGGAAAUUCUCUAGUGUGAAUAAUGCAUCGAGGUAUUCAGUAUAUGCAAUUUAGAAAGAGAGAUGUACGCAUUUAUGUAUGAGCGCUUCCUAGUAGAUUGUGGCGUUUUAGAAUUUGAUGAGGCGAAUGGUAAUUGGCACACAAUGCAUUGUAUAUAAUAUGUAAGAAUAGGAAACUUAACCAAAGCUAUUGCAUAAUACAUUAGAUUCUUUGCAUCGUAGCAGAAUUGUGCCGUGCAUUCAAUAUGGUUUAUUUUUAAAGUUUCGAGCAUAGUAUUAUGAUACACAUACAUAUAUAUCAUAUUCUUGUUGUUUUAUAUUUGGGAAGCAGUAGUAGUUCUGAGAGUAGGAUCCACUAAAUUAAUAACAAUAAUAGUAACCCUCUGAACCCCAACAUCAAAUGAAACUCUGUUUUUUUCUGACUGAAAAGAAACAUGGACAAUUGCUGCAUAUGUAUGUAUCUACCUCUGAAGUAUUAUUGCACAUUGAAUGAUGAGGAGUUGCAGAUAAAUGCAAUAGUGGUGUUGUUUUCUCAACUUAUUGUUGCUAAACAUUUACUACUAAAUGCACUUUUAUUUUCUCAAGUUGAAGCCGGGCAUUUAGUGUUAGACAUGCAUAUAUCGGUGGUGGUGGUGGUGGUGGUGCGCACGCACCUCUUGGUAUUCUUAAUUGGAAGCAGCCCCUACAUUGAUGAGGUGAGGUGAGGUAUCACACAACUAGCUAACUCUCCUCAUUUAAUUCAAAUUGCUCCUAUCAUAUCAACUGAAGUGAACUAGUCACAAUUAUCACUCCCUCCCUGCAAGCAUGAUGAUGCAUACAAUUCAUCUUCUUUUAUUGACUCACUAUCAUACUAAUAAUGUGUUUUUCCAUAAAGUUGAAAUCCUUAUGAAUAGCGGCCAAAUAGUUGAAUAAUGAAUGUGAUUCUAUGCGCGCCAAAGAUAGAGAGAAUGGUGUUUUUCUUGCCAUUUUAUUAUGUUUUUUU